CGCAAGAAAGAAGAGAAGCCGGUGAGGAGAAAAGAAAUCCGAGAAGGGGAAAAGGAAAAUCAGAACUCACUCCAAAAAGCCAUCGCCUCCGCCGCUGCCCCCCGACGCGACGAUGAGGCUCGACGUCUCCGCCCUCGAGAACCACCACUUCGCCGCCCCCGGCAAUGAGUUCGGCGGCGGCGUCUUCGCCGCCGACACCGAGGAGCUCGCCAUGGAGUUCCCCACCUGCAACGACUUCGACGGGUUCCAGAAGGCGACCAAGGACAUGGUCAACAACAAGAAGGGAACCACCACGCUCUCCUUCAUCUUCGACAAGGGCGUCAUCGUCGCCGCCGACUCCCGGGCCAGCAUGGGCGGGUACAUAUCUUCACAAACUGUGAGGAAAAUCAUCGAGAUAAAUCCCUACAUGCUGGGAACGAUGGCCGGAGGGGCUGCUGAUUGCCAAUUUUGGCAUAGGAACCUGGGGACCAAGUGCCGGCUCCAUGAGCUUGCGAACAAGCGAAGGAUCUCUAUUGCUGGUUCUUCAAAGAUGUUGGCUAACAUCCUUUAUUCGUAUCGCGGGAUGGGACUGUCUAUUGGUACAAUGAUUGCUGGAUUUGAUGAGACAGGUCCGGGCUUGUACUAUGUUGACAGUGAGGGUGCAAGGCUCAAGGGAAACCGAUUCUCUGUUGGUUCUGGUUCUCUAUAUGCUUAUGGUAUCUUGGAUGAGGGUUACAAAUUCAACAUGUCAGUUGAGGAAGCUGGUGAGUUAGCACGGCGGGCUAUCUAUCACGCAACAUUCCGUGACGGAGCAAGCGGUGGCUGUGUUAGUGUUUACCACGUUGGCCCUAAUGGAUGGAAGAAGCUUUCCGGAGAUGAUGUCGGGGAGCUGCACUACCAUUACUACCCUGUUCAGGCAGCUCCUGUUGAACAAGAAAUGGCCGAUGCCCCUUCUGCAUCAACCUGAUGUGUUAGAAAUCCGAGUUGGCCCCAUGAAUUGCAGAAGCGCCUUGAUUAUGAACUUGAACUUGGGCUUGUUUGUCUCUCUGAUGUUGGGAUCUCCUCUGAGACACUGAUGUCCCUGAGCAACUUUACUCAACUGUUAUCGCAUUGUGGUUGUAGACUGGUGAUAUAGAUGUUUUCAUUGAAGUUCCAUUUGACUUCGUUUGUGCA